GUGUUGAAACAUGUGCAACAGGGAGGAGGGGGGAGAUAAAGCUCUCUGCCAUUUCUCUGAAGGUUCAGAUUUCCCUGCACUCUGGAACAGACAGUUCUACCUGGAGUUUCAUUGUCAGAUAUGAAACUCUGCUUCUGGCCAGGGGCCCCUUACGGUUUUGCCAUUUUGGCAUUCCUGUGUAAUUGUGCCACAGCUGUGGAGAGACGAUAUUACAUUGCAGCUGUUAAUAUUAACUGGGACUACACUGCCGGACAGCAAAGGACUGGACCGUCAUAUAAAAAGGUUGUAUACAGGGAGUACAAUGAGGGAUUCACACAGGCUAAAACACAUCCCUUGUCCUCAGGGCUACUUGGGCCGACACUGCGGGGACAAGAGGGUGACACAAUCAUUGUCACGUUCAAGAACAUGGCAGAUCAUCCCUGCAGCAUCCACCCACAUGGCAUUGCUUACGGGAAGCAGUCAGAGGGAUCUUUAUACUUUGACAACACGUCACUCUAUGAGAAAGAAGAUGAUGUAAUUUUACCCGGACAAGAGCACACAUACCAAUGGGAGGUGACGUCUGAGGUGGCCCCUAUGGAUGCGGACCCCCCAUGCAUCACCUACACAUACUUUUCCCACUUUGACAUAGUCAAGGACUACAAUACAGGGUUAAUAGGCACAAUGUUGAUCUGCAAGAAAGGCACCCUAGACGGCUCCGGAAAUCAGCUUCAUUUCCAUCAGGAGGCUGUGCUGUUGUUUGGCGUGUUUGAUGAGAACAAGAGCUGGUACAGCACUGGGGGCCCUGAACAGGCACACAAUGUGAAAUACACUAUAAAUGGCUACACAAAUGGCUCUAUACCAGAUCUGGACAUCUGUGCCCACUCCAAAGUCAGCUGGCACCUGCUGGGAAUGAGCUCUGAGCCAGAGCUCUUCUCUGUGCACUUCAAUGGGCAAGCCCUGCUGCAUGAUGGCCACAAAACCUCAUCUAUUGGCAUCAUUAGUGGAACUGCCACCAGUGCCAGUAUGAAUGGUAUCCACCCCGGCCGCUGGCUUAUUUCCUCUCACAUUAGCAGGCACUUGGAAGCUGGUUUGCAUGGAUACCUAAAUAUCAAGACGUGUGAUGAGUACACGGCACCAAAGAGACGGCUUACCAUCCAACAGAAACAAGAAAGUCAAGUGUGGACCUACUACAUAGCAGCAGAAGAGGUCACCUGGGAUUAUGCUCCAAAUAUGAAAGACAACAUGGAUGGGGAUUUCCGAUCCAAAUAUUUAAAGCAGGGGCCUCAGCGAAUAGGUAAAAAAUACAAAAAAGCAGUAUUUACUCAGUAUAAAGAUGGCACGUUUAAAGAGAGAGCAGAAGAUAAGCAGAGGAAGAAAGAGCUUGGGAUUCUCGGGCCGGUGAUAAGAGCUCAAAUCAGAGAUGUCAUAAAGAUUGUCUUUAAAAACAAAGCAUCACGACCGUACAGUAUCUAUCCUCAUGGACUGACCAUUGAUAAAGCAGCAGAAGGAGCCAGUUAUCCAGCAGAAGGGAACCAGAUACACGGGAUUCAACCAGGUCAGAAUUACACAUAUACAUGGAGUGUGUCUGAGGAAGAUACACCAACGGACAGUGACCCCAGAUGUCUGACCAGGAUGUACCACAGUGCAGUGGACACUCCUCGAGACAUUGCUUCUGGUCUUGUGGGUCCUCUUCUCAUCUGUAAGAGCCAGUCCCUCAACAAAAAGAAUGUCCAGCUGAAAGCAGACAAAGAACAGCAUGCCAUGUUUACUGUUUUUGAUGAGAACAAGAGCUGGUACCAUGAUGAGAACAUUAACACAUACUGCAGUGACCCCAAAAGGGUUAAAAGAGAUGAUCCAGAGUUUUACAAAUCUAAUGUUAUGCACACAAUCAAUGGCUAUGUCUAUGAAAGUGGCCAAGAAUUGGGAUUUUGUAAUGGUGAAAUUGUGACCUGGCAUGUAUCUAGUGUUGGCGAACAAGAUUACAUCCAGACCGCCACUUUUUAUGGCCAUACAUUUGAGCUAAAAAACAGAGAAGAGGAUAUGCUCAGUCUAUUUCCCAUGACUGGAGAAACUAUCACUAUGAACAUGCUUAAUAUUGGUAUUUGGCUUUUAGCAUCACUGAACUCUCACGAUUCCACGAAAGGGAUGAGGGUGAAAUUCAAGGACCUUGAAUGCUUCAGAGAUUACGUAAUGGAGUAUGAUUAUGAACCAGAAAAAUUCACUGUAUGGAAACCUGCGCCCAUCAGUGAUAUUAAGAAAGAGGAACCAAAACAAAUAAUCCCUAUCGUGGUUGAUGAGGACACUGAUAAUUAUGCAGAAGAAUUUGGCUUGAGGACAUUAAAAAACUUUAAAGAUGAUGUUGAGUUACUUGACUUUUCGAUACUAGAUUUUGAUGAUGGUUUAUUGCCGACUACUGAGACAAAAAGCCCGGCCCCAAGCGAUGAGUUGGACAAAUCACACAAUGCUACUUUCGCAUCUUUCAAUCAGAUUCAUGGUUUAUCAACUGAGGAGGCUGGUUUGGACAAGAGACAAUUUUCAAAUAAAGUCUUGAAUGAAAGCACAAAAGAACCAUUGCUAAACAUGACAAGCAUUUCUGAUUCCAAACCAGAGGUCAUGUCAAACAAUGAUACGGACAGUGUUAUCUCAAAUCCUCCAGUUAUAGAAAGAAAAGUACGCAGUGCAUCAACAAAGCCAGUGAAUGAAACGGAAAGUGUCUCCACAAAUGUUACUCUGGAUACUGAAAUAAAUACCAAUAUAGUAGAAAAUGCCAGUUCAUCAUUGGAGACAGACAGUUUCUCUGCUUAUACUACUCUUGUAGAAAAUGUCAGUUCAUCACUGGAGGGAGAGAGUGUCCCUGAUUUUACUACUCAGGUAGAAAAUGUCAGUUCAUCAUUUGACAGAGACAAUGUCCCUGAUUUUACUACUCAUGUAGAAAAUGUCAGUUCAUCAUUUGACAGAGACAGCGUCCCUGAUUUUACUACUCAUGUGGAAAAUGUCAGUUCAUCAUUGGAGACAGACAGAGUCUCUGUGAAUACUUCUCGUUCUCCGGUAAUUGAAACCAACAUCACCCACACAAUGAAUGAAACGCACAUUUUCCCCACUAAUACCAGUAUCACUUCAUCUGAUGCUCCAGUUGGUGACAGAAACAUUACCAUGGAAGGUGACAGUCCAUCUCUAAAUUCUUCUGAAUCAAACCUCUUGAUUUCAAACCAAACUUUAGUCAACAAAACAGUAAUUCAAAAAGAGGCAAACACUAAAAAUAACUCUGACUUAGCGCAUGGUGACCAUGAUAGUUCGGGACACGUCUUCAUAUACCAUGUGCCUAGUCCUGAUUCUCUCUCCAACAGCUCGAAGACACAAACUGAGGAGGAUUUUGUGCUUCUGAAUGGUGGUCUUACCUCUGAAGUUUUAACAGAUUAUAAGACUGUUGUAGAAUAUAAUGUCUCACCAAUGGACACACCAGAGGAGAUUGGUGAAUUAAAUGAAAACACAACAAGGAUUCAAGAACUCAACAGCACAAAGGUGAAUUACACCGGUGAGAUGUUUUCGCAGAUAAAUUCUGAAACUGAGAACAUUUUUAAUCUCAGUUUGUCUUCGCCUUUGAGAAACGGCACUUUGCAAAGCAACGAGUCUGACUCUUCAAAUGCAACUUUGUCUGAUUCCAGUCUCGACCUUGAAUCUGAAAUAACAGAGAACGAAACAUCAUCCACUAAUGCUACAAUGAAAUCUCACAGUGAAAUUUUGAGAAAUGCAUCAGAGCUCUUUUCUUCAGACAGUACGAAGAAUAUGUCCUUUUCUCUUGGCCCUUUCAAUGUUUCAAGCACGAAAAACGGCUCAGAAAGCGAAAGUGAAGAGGAAGUAGUCAUCUAUCUGAAGAACAAUCACAGUGAGGCCAUACUCACAUCUCAUCUCUAUCCAAAAGAAGAGCACUGGGGUUAUGAAGGCAACCACGAACUGGUUCAUAUUGAAAUCCCAGAUCACAUGAACAAAUACAUCUCAGACAAUUCUGCAGCAAAUAAACCAAAGACCGAAAAGAAAAAAAAAGUAGUUCACCAGAGGGUAAAGCCGAGAAAGGGAUAUGGCAUGAAGACGAAGAAAAGGAAAGAGUAUAAGCCACAGCCACCUUCUGAUGUUUCUCCAAAGGGUUUUUCUCCAAGAGGUUUUGGACCUUCUGGGUUGACCCCACGGGGAAGCAGGCCUAUCUCUAGCGAGGAAGACCUGAUGAAGAAAUCCAUUGUCAUAGGAGUGCCAAGACGCGAUUUCAAUGAUUAUGAGUUAUACGUUCCAAAACAUGAGCAGAAUGAAGAUUUUGAUGCUAUGGUUGAUACCCCAGAAGAAUAUGAAUAUAUAGAGUACAAAGACCCUUAUAGCAAAACAGCAGAUAUUCAAAGCCCAGCGCUUGAUGUAACAUCCCAGCAUUUCUUAAAAAUUGCUGGAGACAAGAAAACCAGAACUUUUUUCAUCACAGUUGAAGAGGAAGAAUGGGAUUAUGCUGGUUAUGGGCAGAGGAGGCCUGAUAGAUCAUCUCAGAAAGAGAGGCCCACAUCUUUCAAAAAAGCGGUGUUCAGAAAGUACCUGGACAGCACCUUUAGUAUCCGAGACAUCAGAGGGGAAAUGGAUGAACACCUGGGAAUUUUGGGUCCGGUCAUUAAAGCUGAAGUUGAUCAGACUGUUAUGGUAUUUUUUAGGAAUCUUGCCAGCCGUCCAUACUCUUUGCAUGCAAAUGGAGUUAAGUAUUUAAAACAAAUGGAAGGCCUGAGUUACGAAGAUGAGUCACCAUACUGGUACAAACAGGACGAUGCCGUACAACCCAACAGCACCUUUAUCUACAUGUGGACUAUAAAUUCCAAAUCUGGGCCUCAAAAUAAUGAAUCUGACUGUCGAACGUGGACUUAUUACUCUGCAGUGAAUCCGGAGAGAGAUAUAAACUCUGGGCUGAUUGGACCGCUUCUGGUGUGCAGGAAGGGUACAUUGGAUGAAAAGCCUCUGGGCAGAAGAGAGUUUGUCCUGCUCUUUAUGACGUUUGAUGAGAAUAAGAGCUGGUACUACGAGGAGAAUCGGGAGAGGAUUGAAAGGAAAAACAAAAGAGCAGUCAUGGAUCCAAAUUUUACAAAUAAAUUAAAGUUUGACGCUAUCAAUGGUAUUAUCUACAGUCUCAAAGGAUUGCGAAUGUACACAAAUCAGCUAGCGAAGUGGCAUCUGAUCAACAUGGGCUCUCCUAAAGACCUCCACAGUGUCCAUUUCCAUGGUCAAACGUUCAUAAAUAAGGAGUUAAAGGACCACCGUCAGGGUGUUUACCCACUUUUACCAGGUGGAUUUGUCACACUGGAAAUGUUGCCUUCAAAGCCUGGUCUCUGGCAGCUGGAGUCUGAAGUUGGACUGUCACAGCAGAGGGGAAUGCAGACGUUAUUCCUUGUGUUAGAUAAGGUCUGUGAUCAUCCUCUUGGUUUCAUCUCUGGAACUGUGAAAGAUGAACACAUAACAGCAUCUGACUAUAGAGGACAAUGGUAUCCUCAUUUGGCCAGACUACAUAAUACAGGGAAAUACAAUGCAUGGAGUACAACAAAGACAGGACAGUACAUUCAGGUGGACUUCCAGAGGCCGGUAGUGAUUAGUAAAGUUGCCACACAAGGAGCCAAGCAAUUGUUAGCACAUAAUUUUGUGCUGAACUACACCAUUUCCUACAGCACUGACAAAAAGAAGUGGACUUUCUACAAGGGAGACAGCGAUACCAUCAGAAAGACUUUUGAAGGAAACAGCGAAGCUUAUGACACGAAGGAGAAUAUAUUUUUCCCACCUCUGAUUGGUCGAUAUGUGAGGCUGUAUCCUUUACAUUCUUACAACUACCCAACUGUCCGUUUGGAGUACUAUGGUUGUGAGCUUGAUGGUUGCUCUGUGCCAUUGGGAAUGGAAAGUGGUGUCAUUACAGAUGCUCAAAUCACUGCCAGUUCUGUGGCCACCCAUUGGUACUCUGGCCAGUGGCAUCCUUGGUAUGCACGCUUAAAUAAAUAUGGGACUGUCAAUGCAUGGCGAGCCAAGAACAAUGACAUUCAGCCAUGGAUCCAGGUGGAACUCAAGGACAUAAAGAAGAUAACCGGAAUUAUAACACAGGGGGCCAAAUCAUAUGGCAAUGAGAUGUUUGUGACAACAUAUUCUCUGGAGUACAGUGAAGAUGGCAUGAGAUGGACAAAGUACACGGAUGAUGAGGACUAUGAACAAAAGACAUUUCAAGGCAACACAGAUAACAAUGGCAAAGUAAAGAACUACAUCUACCCUCCAAUAUUUUCCAAAUUCAUCCGGAUUAUUCCAAAACAAUGGCAGAAGUCCAUUACUAUGAGGAUUGAGCUGCUUGGUUGUGAUUUUGAAUAAACACUGUGCUUUCAAUGAUA